AUGCAAGCAAAUCUGAAGCUGAAGGCAACCUUGCCUCGAAAAUCCAAGGACGCCGGUGGCAAUGCCAAGGACGAAGAGAAGGAAGUCGAACUGAACUUGGACCUUUCAUGGCUAGCCAAUCUCAUCAACAUCGUCGGGCCAGUUGUCGUAGCACCUAAGAGGAAGCUUCUGGUGCUGGGGCUUGCCGGGUUGCUCUGCGAACCGGUCAUGAAACGUGGAAACUCGUUUCGAACCUUCAAAGGUUGGAUGCUGAAAGGACAGAAUCCUGCCAAAACUGUUUACGCCACUUGGCCUAACGACGCUGGCCACCAGAACUUUGUAGUUUACAAAAGGCCUCACUGCCAGGAGUUCUUGAAGUUCUGCCUUGAAAGGUUCGACGUGGCAAUCUGGUCAACUGCUGAGAAAUGGUACACAGACAAUGCUCUGGACUGUGUGAUGAGCGGUUUGAAGAUGAGUGACUUCUUGUUCAUUUGGAAUAGAGAAGAGUGCAAGAACUCGGGAUUCAAGAUGCUGAACAAUAACAACCAAUCCAUAUUCCUGAAAGAGCUUAACAAGCCAAACACGGCAGUGUUUCCUCCAGUGUACAAGUUUGAGAACGUGAAAGACAAUGUGCUAGCUGCAGGAGGCGAACUGUCUAUGUUCCUGCAGGGGCUGGCGAGAGCUGAUGACGUUCCUUCGUACGUGAAUGCCAAUCGAUUUGGGCAGCCAGCUAUAACACAUUCUCAUCCUAACUGGGCUCACUACAGAAAGAUCAUCCUUGCUCACGGCAGCAAAAAGAACUAA